UUUGCAAGUAGAGUUGACAAUUUUUUGAUGUUACAGGCUGACAUUUGGUCACUGGGUAUCACAGCCAUAGAACUGGCCAAGGGAGAACCCCCCAACUCGGAGCUGCACCCCAUGAGGGUCUUGUUCCUCAUCCCCAAGAAUAAUCCCCCCCAGCUCACCGGCAACUACACCAAGCAGUUCAAGGAGUUUGUGGAGGCAUGUCUGAACAAGGACCCCGAGAAUAGGCCGACAGCUAAAGAAUUGCUCAAGUUCCCGUUCAUUAGGAAAGCGAAGAAGAACUCGUAUCUAAUCGACCUUAUAGACAGGUACAAGAAGUGGAAGUCCCAGCGGAGUGAGGAGAGUGAGACGGGAAUCCGAGAACUCUGACUCG